AUGCUUGCCUUUUGGACCAUUCUGCUUUCACUGCUCCUUGCGGUUAGAGGCAGAGAAGUUUGCUAUGACCGCCUGGGCUGCUUUACAGAUGACAUACCAUGGUCUGGAACAGUGGAACGGCCCAUUGCACGACUCCCUUGGUCACCUCAAGAAAUAAAUACACGCUUUCUUAUGUAUACUAAAAAGAACCAAGACAACUUUCAGGAAAUCAGUGCAAUUCAUCCAGAAACAAUUGAGCAGUCCAACUUCAAUGCCAGCAAGAAAAUCCGCUUCAUCACCCAUGGAUUCAUUGACCAAGGAGAAGAAAGGUGGUUGUCAGAUAUGUGCAAGAGAAUGCUUCAAGUGGAAGAUGUGAACUGCAUUUGCAUAGAUUGGGUCAAAGGUUCCAGAUGUGCAUAUACCCAGGCAGCUAACAACAUCCGUGUGGUAGGGAGUGAAGUGGCUUAUUUUCUAAAUAUUCUUAAGGAGAAAUAUGGAUACCCUCCCUCCAUGGUACAUUUCAUUGGCCAUAGCCUUGGAGCACAUGCAGCUGCUGAGCUGGGAAGCAGAAUAAAAGGAAUUGGAAGAAUCUCUGGACUAGACCCUGCUCAACCUUAUUUUCAAGGCACUCCACCUGAGAUCAGAUUGGACAAAAAUGAUGCUGAGUUUGUUGACGUGAUUCAUACUGAUUCAGCACCAACCAUUCCGAACCUAGGGUUUGGGAUGAGUCAAGCAAUUGGACAUCUUGAUUUUUAUCCAAACGGAGGUGAACACAUGCCAGGAUGUAAGAAAAAUGCUCUUUCACAAAUAGUGGAUAUUGAUGGCAUUUGGGAAGGAACCCGUGACUUUGUGGCCUGUAACCAUCUACGGAGCUAUAAGUAUUAUUCAGAUAGCAUUGUUUUUCCAGAUGGAUUUUUGGGUUAUCCUUGUGCAGCAUACAACUUAUUUGAAACAGGCAGCUGCUUCCCGUGUCCAACAGGCGGAUGUCCCCCUAUGGGUCAUUAUGCAGUUCAAUUUAAAGACAAAAUCACUUCUGGAUUUACUAAGCUUUAUUUGAAUACUGGAGAUGCCAGAAAUUUUACUCGUUGGAGGUACAAAUCAUCAGUCACUCUGUCUGGAAAAAGCAGCAUCUUGGGAUAUAUAAAUAUUGCCCUGUAUGGUAGCGGAGGGAACACAAAGCAAUAUGAAAUUUUCAGGGGGAGGCUCAGACCUGGUGAGAUUCAUACCAAGCCAAUAGAUGUGGAACUUAAAGUUGAAACCAUUACUAAGGUUAAAUUUCUUUGGAACAACAUGUUCAUAAACCCAACUUUCCCCCGACUGGGAGCCUCGAAGAUUAUGGUACAAGAUGGAGAAACUGGAAAUGUAUUCCAUUUCUGCGGCAGCGAAACUGUAAGAGAAGAUGUGCUGCAAACACUCACACCGUGCUGA